UUACGCUUCUGCAGGCGUGGAUCUACGAGUACUUUCCGUGUUUCCGGCCUCAGCAGGGGACCUUGACCAGAGAGCUUGCUAUUCCUCGUGCGUCCGCCUGGGAUGUUGGAUCGGGGUGCCCUAACAAGAGCAUGGAGCGCCUUCUCGCUUUUCGGGCUAGGUUGGAUCAUUUGACUGACAAUGAAGUUAACUGGCUACCGUACGGAGUUGAUCCAGCACGACGCGUGCCUGCUACUCUUUUCACUGGCUGCAUCCAGUAUCGUAGCAUCAUUGAGCCAUACAUGCCUGAUCGAGUGGUUCGGCAACUUGGAUACGUCCAGGGCAUUCCACCAGCCAUUAUCAGGCCUGAGAAGGCUAAGAGACCGACGAACUUGAAGAUGUAUCGGGUUGACUUUCCGUUAGAGACGACAUCUGUGAUGUGGACUCGGUUUGUCCCUGGUAUGUCUUUUAGUGUCGUGGUAGGUGCCCUCAGCAGACUUGGUGGUGGUGCUCCUACAGUCGGUCCUGGUUACAUGCAGUGGUUGUACCGAUUUUCUCAUCCACGUGUUUCUCCAGUUGCGUCAUCACAUGAGAGUCGCACACUGCCAGAGAGAACUAACACGGAUUACUGGAUGGGUCGGUCUAUGGAGGUCAUCAACAGGACCCUGGAGGAGUAUCCGAGCCUAUCGCGUGAUACAAGAUCAAUGGCUGAGGCGCUACGAGCUUAUUGGAGGGCGAUGAUGGGGUUGUGAACUUCCUGUGUUUUUUUUAUUUCCCUUGUACGCAUUUCGUUUAUGUACUAUUUAUUCGUCACGUACUUUAAGUAUUGAACAACUGUUUUGGUGGUUUUGUAAAUAUUUUGUUUAAUUAAGUUCAAUUCGUUGCAAAUUACAUAACGACAACUGUUUAACAUAAAUGAAAGUACAACAACAUGUUCACUAUCUAAUUAAGG